AUGGUCUUCUCUCAUGCAGGCAAACCUUUCUCUUUUGGGCAUCCCUCUGUCGAUUUCAUCGUCAAUCGCUUUCUCUCUCGAAACAACAGUAGUAGUGGUAGUAAUCAUCCCGAUCGGUUUAUGAAGUCUCGAAGAAAUGCGACUGUUAGUGAACUUAACAGGAAGUUUACAGAGUUGAGUAAGUUGCUUGAGGCUGAAAAAGAGAAGAAAGUGACGCUUGAAGGGAAAUUGAGAGGGGAGUUGGAUUUGUAUAAUCUCGAAGAGUGUAGGUUGGAUGAGCUUGAGAAGAUUGAGAUGGUGUUGGAGAAGUUGAAGAGGGAUGUUGAGAUGAGGAGGUAUCAACUUGAGAUUGAGGCUCUUGCUAAUUUUGUUGCUUAUGGUUCAAAUGGUUAUGGUGGUGGCUUUGGUAUGAAUGUUAAUAAUGAUGGGGGUUUGGUUUUAGCUUCUGGUGCUAAUGAAUUUGGUUAUGGACUUGGGUUUUAUGAUUUAAAGGGGCUUUAG